AUGGAGGGGCCUCGCAACCACCUGCAGCUCAGCAAGGACAACUCAGUGAAGCCACGGAGACGCAGACACAGACACAGACCUCAAAGAAACCCAAAGAACCUACCCAGGAACCUGCAGAACCCAGCAAAGGCGCAGGCUCCAGCAAGAAGGCUACAGGCUCAGUGGCUGCAGAACAGGAGUCUUCUGCUACUACAGGGACCUCUGCUCAGGAGCCAAGUGCAGGGUCUAAGGCAGCCUCAGGGAAUACCACAGGAGGUUCGCAGAAGACUAACAGAUCCUCAGAAGGCUAAAGGGAAUUCCAAAGUGAACACUAUCAAGUCCACUAAAGCCCCUAAGGCCACCUCGAACCUUUCCACCACCACCACCACCACCACCAUAUCAAAAGCCACCACGGCAUCCAAACCGCAGCCAUCCCCAGCAGCAGCAGCAGCAGCAGCAGUACAGAAUAAGACCAGCAGAGGGGCGUCUGUCAAAGCACGAAGCCCUCCACACAGACCGGCCACAGACACCCUCGCAGUCACAGGGUCGCUCAAAGUACGCGUAGGUCACUCAAAGACAGCCACAGUCACCCCCGAGACAGCCUCCACGUCCCCACAGACAGCCACUAAUAUCCCCAAAAUAGCCCCCAAUCCCCCCGCCAACCCCCUACAGACCGCCACGAGAGCCUCUAUUAAAGAACCCCCCGCUAGUCAAGUUGUAGCCUCCCACCCACACAAAGCUGAAGAAAGUGAAGUCAAGAAGGAGGAAGAGGAGGAGGAGGAGGAGGAGACGAAGGAGCAGGAGUUGGACGAAGAAGAGGAGGAGGAGAAGACUGAACUGUAG